GAACUCAAGGUUGGGCCCAACGUUGGAGAAGAACCCAUGGCUGAAGAGGAACCCAAUGUUGGACCCAACGUUGAACCCAACGGCGGCGUUGAACCCAACGUUGAUGAAGAACCCAAUGUUGGACCCAACUUUGACGAAGAACCCAACGUUGAGGAAGAACCCAAUGACGGCGUUGAACCCAACGUUGAAGGAGAACCCAAUGAGGAACCCAAUGGUGGGGCCAAGUUGGAUGAAGAACCCAAUGUUGGACCCAACGUUGACCCCGUUGACCUUGACGUUGAUGAAGAACCCAACGUCGGCCCCAUUGACCUCUUUGAAGACGAAGAACCCAACGUUGGACCCAACGAGGAUGAAGAACCCAACGAUGACGAAGAACCCAACGUUGAUUCCAUCGUUGACCCCGUUGACUUCACUGAAGACGAAGAACCCAACGUUGGCUCCAGUGAUGAUGAAGAACCCAACGUUGAUGAAGAACCCAACGUUGACCCCGACAACGGCGUUAAACCCAACGUUGAGUCCAUCGUUGGCCCCGUUGGCCUCUUUGAAGAUGAAGAACCCAACGUUGGACCCAACGACGACGAAGAAACCAAAACUGGACCCAACGAAGACGACGAACCCAACGUUGGAUCCAAUGAAGACGAAGAACCCAAAAUUGGCCCCAAUGAAGAUGAAGAACCCAAAGUUGGAUCCAACGAAGACGAAGAACCCAAGAUUGGACUCAAUGAUUGUGAAGAACCCAAUGAGGACCCCAAGUUUGGACCCAACGACGACGACCACGAACCCAAAAUUGGACUCAAUGAUUGUGCAGAACCCAACGUUGACCCCAACGAAGACGAAGAACCCAAAAUCGGCCCCGAUGAAGACGAAGCACCCAAAAUUGGACCCAACGAAGACGAAGAACCCAACGUUGACCCCAACGAAGACGAAGAACCCAAAAUUGGACCCAACGACGAUGAUGACGAACCCAACGUUGACCCCAACGAAGAUGAAGAACCCAAAAUUGGACCCAACGACGCUGACGAACCCAACGUUGACCCCAACGAAGACGAAGAACCCAAAAUUGGACCCAACGAUGAUGAUGACGAACCCAACGUUGACCCCAACGAAGAUGACGAACCCAAAACUGGCCCCGAUAAAGAUGAAGAACCCAAAAUCGGCCCCAACGAUGACAACGAACCCAAC